AUGGCCGACGGGACGGAUGCUCCCGUCAAUGGCAAACGGCGCCUCCCUCUCUUCCGGCGCUCCUCUCCAGACCGGCCCGUGGCUCGUCGACGCCAAUCGACCGUUCAUUGGCAUCGCGGUCUGCGAUCCCUGCUAUACUUGAUCGCUUGGAUAUUCCUCGUGCUGGUGAUAAUUGGCAAUGUCGCCAAUAAACCAGUUCUCCGCAGUACAUACUUCCUCUAUCUCGAUCUUUCCAACAUUAUCCCUUUAUCCGUGCCUAAUGCCGUCCUAAUCAAUUCCAUCGCCCGGUCCAUUGGCUUGCACGAUUUCUACCAGGUUGGCCUGUGGGGAUUCUGCGAGGGAUAUGACGAUGAGGGGAUUACUUCAUGCUCGAAACCGAAGACACUGUAUGCUUUCAAUCCGGUCGAGAUCAUUUUGAAUGAGCUGUUGGCUGGCGCAAGUAUUGCCCUGCCGAGCGAUAUUGAGGAGCCCCUUCACCUGGCCAAGGUCGCAUCCCACUGGAUGUUCGGCCUCUUCAUCGCAGCAGCAGUCUUGAACUUUAUCAUGAUCUUCUUCAGUCCCUUCGCCGUCUCCUCGCGACCCCCACAAUCUAUCAAAUCUUGGGUCUCCGGCGGCCAGGUGACGCCCUCGGGCAACCCACCCCACCGGCGCCGCACCUUCGUGCUAUUCCGCUCGUUCCCCUUCCUAAUCCUAGCCUUCUUCACCGCACUAUUGACUAUCGUCGCCUCGGCCGUUGCGACAGUAAUGUUCAUCAUCUUCGCCAACGUCUUCACAAACGCCGAUCCCAGCCUAAACAUCAAGGCCCACGUUGGCGUGCAAAUGCUGGUGUUUAUGUGGAUUGCAUCUGGAUUCAGCUUGAUUGCAUUCAUCGUCCAGUUCGGCUCUUGCUGUGCGUCGUGCUGCGGUGGCCACAAGGCCCGCAAGCAACUCAAGGCUCAGGGGGUUGAUUUGCGUGAGAAGAACUCUGUGCAACCGAGUGCCCCUGAUACGCCGGUGGAUCCCCAGGCGCCCCACGCUAUUACUAAAGAUUAA